AUGGCACCCCCCUCCCUGCCUGCUUCCCCUCUCCUCCCGCUAGAAACCUGUGCGUUGUGCGUUGGGGACUAUAAUGCCGCUGUCAGCGCCGGGGGGCUGGGGCAGAGGGAGCGCCAUACCCCGGUCACUGCGCGGGGAAGUUGCGCCGCGUUGCCAUGGGAUCUCCCCAAACCCAUUGAGUGCGUUAUAGUCAGUCCGCUUUUAUUCGUCUUUGUGAAGGAGGAGGGAAAAGGCGCUGUUACUUUUUUUUUUUUUCUCUUCUUCCAGAGGUUGUGGAAGGGGAGGGGGCGGUGGAGCAUCCGAGUGAGGGGUGGUACUCCAGCUUUCACAACCGAGAGGCGAGAGCGACAGAGCGCGUUCAACUUUAUCAGCAGCUGCAGUGGCAUGAGUGACCCUUAA